GUGCUAGGCCACCAAUUUUCAGAACCCGUGUCAUACUUUUUGGGAUGCCAGAUGAUGUGGUGGUGCGUAGAUACCGGCUGCCACCACAUCUAAUCCUAGACACUCUCUCCAUAAUAGAGAGUGAUCUGGAGUCUGAAAUUCGGUAUCCUACAGCAAUACCACCAUUGACACAAUUCCUUGCAGUGUUACAUUUUUUGGCCACAGGAUCAUUCCAGCAUGUGGUUGGAGACCUGGUUGGCAUGUCGCAGGGCCAGUUCAGUAAGGUCCUGCGACGUGUCUGCCAGGCUUUCCUCAAGCGUGUUAAGCAAUUUAUUGCUAUGCCUUUGGAUGUUGGUGCCCUAGAUGUGGUGAAGCGGCAAUUUGCGGAAGGUGGUAGUCGCUUCCCACAUGUUAUUGGGGUUGUGGAUGGCACACAUGUAGCUAUUCAGCCACCAAAACAUAAUGAAGAAAUUUUUAGAAACAGGAAACUGUUUCAUUCUCUGAAUGUAAUGGUUGUUUGUGGGCCAUCCCUCCAGAUCCUUUCCCUGAACGCAAAGUUUACUGGAAGUUCCCAUGAUGCGUAUGUCAUUAGACAAUCAGGGAUAUGGCAGAGAUUAAGAUCAAGUCAACGACCAGACAUGUGGUUAUUGGGAGACCGUGGAUAUCCUUGCACCCCCUGGCUCAUGACUCCUUACCGUAAUCCCAGGCCAGGACCACAGAUGGCAUUUAACUCCGCGCUUACUGCCACUAGGCAGCUGGUGGAGCGCACAAUUGGUGUCCUGAAAGGGCGGUUUCGUGUGCUCCACCGCACUGGUGGCGACAUCAUGUAUUCGCCGGAGAUGGCAAGUAAAAUAGUGGUCCUGUGCGCAAUACUCCAUAAUAUCGCGGUAAGGAGUAGUGUAGAGCUUCCUCAGGCAGAGGAAUUGCCUGAUGAGGAGCCAGGGGUUGUGCCACGCUUCGGUGGGGGGAGUGUGACACGGAGGGGGAGCCAAGUGAGGGCAAGAAUUGUAGCAGAAUAUUUCAGCUGAAUGAUCACACGAACUGUGGACAACAACAACGGCAAAACUCCCCACCCCCUUCCCCUUCUCACUCCCCCUCCCCUUCUCACUCCCCCUCCCCUUCUCACUCCCCCUCCCUUCUCACUCCCCCUCCCCUUCUCACUCCCCCUCAGCUUCCCAGUCCCCCUCAGCUUCCCAGUCCACCUCAGCUUCCCAGUCCCCCUCAUCUUCCCAGGCCCCAUCAGCUUCCCUGGCCCACUCCACUUUCCAUUCCCCUUCUCACCACACCUCUCCAUCUCUUUCUGGGACCCCUUCUCCUCCUUCCCAUACCCCUUCUCCUUCAAAAUCAACAUCACAAUCUGAACCACCCUCACCCUCUAUUGCUUUAACUUUUUCUCCGCCCCCCUCGCCCUCUCAAUCAGACCCCCCCUCUGAAAUUGCGGACCAAAUCCAGCCUCCUUCCCCCAUCCAGCCUCCUUCCCCAAUCCCUCCUCCUUCCCCAAUCCCUCCUCCUUCCCCAAUCCCUCCUCCUUCCCCCAUCCAGCCGCCUUCCCCCAUCCAGCCAACAUCCCCACCAAGUGAAUGGGCAGAGGAAGCCCCUGCAGAACGUUCCGGGAGUCUGGAUGUUGCCGUGGAAAAUGUUGCAGUUGGAGAUCCCACAAGUUUUUCAGGGAUACUUUACACCAUGCGCCAACACCUGCAAGGAAUGAUGGAUUGUGUGGACCAUUUGCAAAAAUUUGCUUGAGUUUUAUUCUUUGAUUUAAAAAUAAAAAAAAUUAUUAACAAAUAAAAAAAUAAA